UUACCACCAAAACCAUGGAAUUUAUCACCAUUUCCAUCUUAUUUGUGGUUGUGUCAUGUUUAUUUGUCUUCGCCACCACGGCCAACGGACGGAAAACGCUUCCUCUCCCUCCAGGCACCCUUGGUUGGCCUUAUAUUGGUGAAACUUUUGAACUAUACUCUCAAAAUCCUAAUGUUUUCUUCACCUCCAAAGUUAAAAAGUAUGGUUCAAUUUUCAAAUCCCACAUACUAGGAUGUAAAUGUGUGAUGAUUUCAAGCCCGGCCGCUGCUAAACUUGUUUUGGUAACGAAAUCGCAUCUUUUCAAGCCUACAUUUCCAGCUAGCAAAGAAAGAAUGAUUGGUAAACAAGCCAUUUUCUUUCACCAAGGUGAUUACCAUUUCAAAUUAAGACGUCUUGUUCUCAGAGCAUUCACGCCCGAAUCAAUCAAACACAUUGUUCCCGAUAUCGAAUCCAUUGCAAUUGAAGCUCUUCACUCAUGGGAGAACAAUUUGAUCAACACUUUCCAAGAAAUGAAAAUUUUUACAUUCAAUGUUGCAUUGCUUUCUAUAUUGGGAAAGGAUGAAGAGGUGAACACAGAAGAUUUGAAAAGGUGUUAUUACACACUUGAAAAAGGCUAUAAUUCAAUGCCAAUUAAUCUUCCAGGAACUUUAUUUAACAAAUCAAUGAAAGCUAGAAAAGAGCUAGCCCAGAUCUUGGCAAAAGUUUUGUCUAGUAGACGGGAAAGGGAUAACGAACCACACAAUGACUUAUUGGGUUCUUUCAUGGAAGACAAGGAAGGACUCACUGAUGAACAAAUCGCGGAUAAUAUAAUAGGCGUUAUUUUCGCAGCUAGAGACACUACGGCUAGUGUAUUAACCUGGAUCAUCAAGUACUUGGCUGAAAAUCCGGUUGUUCUACAAGCGGUCACCGAGGAGCAAGAAGCAAUAAAGAGGGGUCAAGAUAAGGGAAAUGAAGACAAGAAUUUGAGUUGGGGAGAUACCAAGAAGAUGCCUAUUACUUCAAGAGUCAUUCAAGAGACAUUGAGAGUUGCUUCUAUCUUAUCUUUUACCUUUAGAGAAGCUGUUGAAGAUGUUGAAUUUGAAGGGUACCUUAUUCCUAAAGGAUGGAAAGUAUUGCCAUUGUUCAGAAACAUUCACCACAGUGCAGAUAAUUUCACUGAUCCAGAGAAAUUUGAUCCUUCAAGAUUCCAGGUUGCACCAAAAGCCAAUACAUUUAUGCCAUUUGGCAGUGGGAUCCACUCAUGUCCAGGGAAUGAAUUAGCCAAGCUGGAGAUAUUAGUACUACUACAUCACUUGACCACAAAGUACAGGUGGUCAUUGGUUGGGCCACAAAAUGGGAUUCAAUAUGCACCAUUUGCGCUUCCACAAAAUGGGUUGCCCAUCAAACUCUCUCUUAAGUAAUAUCUAAAGAGAAAGUCAACGCUCAACAAUAGUUUAACUACUCCGUAUUUACUAUUUAGUCAAAGUACAAACACUGAAACCAAGCCAUGAAAGACACAGAGAAUUUGUGCAUUUUCAAGGUAAAACGAGACUAAAUAGACGUCAAGUUGUAUAUAGAGAAGUCUCCUUAACUCACAAGUAAAAACGAUAGGUUUAUUGGGGGUGAUUUUGUAAUAAAUAAAAAGUUGGGGGGGUGUUAGGUACUAUUUAUCGAGGGUGUGAUGAGAAAAUUGAGCUUUUCAUUGACUUUUCUUGUACAAAGUCCGCAAGGCAUUUAUAAUUAAAUUUUUAUCCAUUAUUUUUUGGUUUUGAGUUA